UGCUUUGGGGGGAGCUGGUGGUGCAACCGGAGGAGGGGCAACUCUUUUGGUACACGUACUAUCUAUCGAAGAAACUUGUUAAAGAAGCCCAGAUGUGUUUUGAAAAAGACAUACAGCAGACAAAACUGAUUAUGGAGCGAAUUCAAGAGCUAGAGUCUCAAAAGAGUGUAUUUACAAACGUCAAAGCAGCAGGGCAGGUUGUUGGAGGUUUAGGGUCUGGCAUAUAUGGAGUUACCAGAAACGCGCUAAAAUUAGCUGACGCGGUCGGUGACGUGGCAACAAUUGGAAAAACAUAUUUUGCUGCAUUAUCGACGGGAGCAAAGGUUUUUCACAUUGCAGGAAUUGCGUUUACAGUGGCAACUCUACCUUUUGACAUAUUCACUAUAUUUAGUAACGCAUCCUCCUUAGAGGAACAACAUUAGAUGACGAGUAAAAUCUUAGAAUGGGUUGAAGAACUCGAGAAUGACUUGCCAACUAUGAACCGAGUUUACAAUUACCUUAGCGAACAGUCUGAUUAUUAACACUAGGUAAAUCCUAAACGAUCGAACCUCAUUUAUUUACAUUCGGAAAAAACUUUAAAAAUGUUCAUUUCACUUUGUUUUUUCUCGACGACAAAGCUGUCGAUCUUAGUCACAUUCUAUCGUUCUUUUAAAGUGUAGAGUAUACAGUAUCUUCAAAAUGUUGUUCGCAACUUUGCACAUUCGUCUUAAUUUUCGUCGCAAUGUUCUAUUCGUUUGAUACCUUUGAAGUAAGAAAUGUUGCAGCUAUAGAGCGAUUUUGUCAUUCUGAUGCAUUCUAACCCACAGUUGACACUACCACGUGAAUUUGGCUGAUACUGAGGCCACAACAGAUGAAAAUAUAGGUAUUGUGACCUGUGUUGAUACCUGUAUGGAUAACAAAAGAUGUCGUUGAUGUUAAUGUAAGGAGUGUCGAGGGAGCUCUAUGAUAAUGUGUGAAAGCAGAUCUGAUUUGCUGUGGACUAAAUAGUCGAUUACACGUAUCUAGCAAAGUUUAUUUAUCAUUCAUUCAAAAAC